UCCCCGUCGAACGAUAUUAGUCCAAAUUCUAUAUUUUCAAAUGAUACCCUCUUAACCUUUUCGUCUUCUUUUCUUCUUCACGAGUUGAUCUCUUCAUCAUUCGCUAUUCUUCGUUUACGGUUUGCUUCAUCACCAAUUCCCUUGUAAUUACAUCGACUGUAUUUUUGUGGCAGGCCACAGCAUCCAACGAGUUCUAUCUAAUUCUUGGAUUCCCCCCCUAUUAAUUCCCCAAAUUACGAAAUACGCGCCGGCACCAUGUUCCGCACACCGUUCCAAUUCGUCGUCUUCCUCCUUUCCAUCUGCAAUAUCGCAGUCGCUGAGGUUGAUGUCACACACGAUCUACUCCCUCGACAAAGUCCCAGCGCGAACGAUGUGAAUUCGCCCGCCUGCCAGAACUAUGCGCUAGUAGCCAACCUCUCUACGGUCGCAUUGAACGCGACGUAUCGCGCGGCUUUCCUACGUUCUUCUCCUCUUGGAACGUUUCCGGCCAGGGCUAUUUUGGAUGUGGAGUCGCCGAAACUUCCGGCGAUGAUGAUGGAUGCGCAAUUGAACCAACGAUGUGGAAAUUUGUCUCAGGUUGCUCUCGACGGGGCGGCUGCAAACCUUAGCGCAGGUACCGUACUCGGCUUACCGAUCCUCGACGCGCCUGGUAUUGAUCCCGCCAAUGUUGCUAUGCCUAUCGUCGGAAUUGCAAUUUUCUUGAUGUUUGGUGGAACGUGGCUUGCGUUGUAAGCUACUCUGAUACGGGGAUUUCGCGAAGAUAUACGGGGAAUUUGAAUUUGAAAUUUAGGGCCUCCUUAAGUGAGAUAUCUAAUUGGUUUAUGUAUGGUUGGACGUUGUGACAGGGUUGAUGGAUGCAUCUCGGAAUUGCCAAGUAUAGUAUAACUGUCUUGUUUGCCUUUGGGCAGUGAUACCGGCGAUAUAAUGAGAAGAUGUUUAAGUGGCCAAUCCUAGGUUCCACAGCGUUGAUUUAAGAGUAAAAACCUAUUAGAUACGGUGUCCAUGAAUGGGUUACUCUUAUUGUUAAUGCUCUACACUUUUCGCAUACCCUUUAUAUGAAACUAAAAUAUUGCUUGUUCAGGUAUACUGUUAAGACUUUCAGAUUGUCAACUAUAUCGGAUGAGCUUAAAGGUAAAGCCUGGAUUGCAAUAAAGACGAAAGAUGAUUAAUAAAAGAGCUCGAAGCAUCCCGCUAAUCUUCCCUUCUGUAUUGUACCUGAUGCGUCUGCGGGGUAGUCAAACUUAUCUCAGGUAUACAUGUAGGUACCUAAUGUAGUGUACCUGUACUACCAGUCAUAUGCUUCAC